AUAUUUCCUACGUCAAAAAUAUAAAUAUUUUGUUUUCAGAUUUCCCAUCUCACAUAUCAGUCUCCGCCGUCGCUGCUCCGACAAUCCCAAUCGGACCCUAGCCGCGCCACCAACUCACGACAAACGAAACGCUUCCGACAAACGAAUCACGAAUCACUCCUGUGCUCGCUGCGGGCCCGCGGCCGCCUCUGCCUCCGUGGCCGUUCGUCGCUCUCGCCUCUCUGUUCGCCGCAACUCUCCAGAUCGCGUUGCUGCUUUGUUCAAAAGAGAAACAAUGGGAUCUGAAGCUGCAAAAGCAAACACAUAGAGGUGGCAUUGAUAUUUUCUAGUUUCACUCAGAAAUCCUAUGAAAAUGUCAGUGAGGAGAAGUGGUACAUUUCUCCUCCAAACUUCUCCUCAUUCUCAUCUCGUUGCAAGUUCUCGUUUUCGAAGCCUCACCACAGAAACCAAACAAGGAGAUUAUCCUUCUCCCACUCAAACCCAACUUCCUAAAGACCAAAAACUUACUGAUAUUGUUGAUGAAAUCUGCAAGAUCACUCGAACUAAACCGCGUUGGGAGAACACCCUUCUUUCACAAUACCCAUCUUUCAAUUUCUCCGAUCCCAAUUUCUUCCUCCUUUAUCUCAAUCACCAAAAUAACUCUUUCCUCUCCCUUCGUUUCCUUCACUGGCUCUCUUCUCAUUGUAGUUUCUCACCGGAUCAAUCUUCCUGCAAUGUUCUCUUUGAUGCUCUUGUGGAUGCUGAAGCCUGCAAAGCCGCAAAAUCAUUGCUUGAUUACCCUGGUUUCACUCCAAAGCCUGCUUCUUUGGAGUCUUACAUUCGAUGUCUCAUCAAUGGUGGAAUGGUGGAGGAUGCACUUGAUGUGUUUGUUACUUUGAAAAAGGUUGGAUUUUUACCAUCCGUUUCAACUUUUAAUGCGUCUCUAUUGGCUUGUUUAAAAGUUGGUAGGACUGAUUUGGUUUGGACAUUGUAUGAACGUAUGCUUGAAUCUGGUAUUGUAGCUAGCAUUGAUGUUGAAACUGUUGGGUAUCUUAUAAAGGCAUUUUGUGCUGAGAACAAAGUUUUUAAUGGGUAUGAACUUCUUAGACAGGUUCUUGACAAGGGCUUGUGUCCUGAUAAUACUGUUUUUAAUUCACUUAUAGCUGGUUUUUGUAAGGAGAGACAAUAUACUAGAGUUUCUGAAAUCCUUCAUAUUAUGAUUGCCAUGAAAUGUAAUCCGGACAUCUAUACUUAUCAAGAAGUUAUUAAUGGACUCUUCAAGAGGAAAAAUGCUGAGGGGUUUAGGGUUUUUAAUGAUCUCAAGGAUAGAGGGUAUUUUCCAGACAGAGUUAUGUACACAACAGUGAUCAAAGGUCUUUGUGAUAUUGGGUUGCUUGGUGAGGCCAGGAAGUUGUGGUUUGAGAUGAUUCAAAAAGGACUUGUGCCAAAUGAAUAUACUUAUAAUGUAAUGGUAUAUGGUUAUUUUAAGAUUGGUGAUCUUGUUGAGGCAAGGAAGCUCUAUGAGGAUAUGUGUGGUAGAGGUUAUUCAGAAAAUGCGGUUAGCUAUACCACAAUGAUUUCGGGUCUGUGCUUGCAUGGAAGGACCGAUGAAGCUCUGAGUUUGUUUCGUGAAAUGUCUGAAAAGGGUGUUGCUUGUGAUUUGAUCAUUUACAACUCUCUAAUCAAAGGUCUUUGCCAGAAAGGCAAGCUAGUUAAGGCUACUGAUCUGUUAAAUGAACUUCUUGUAAAGGGUUUAGAACCAUCAGUUUCUUCAUUUACUCCUCUCAUUAAAAGACUUUGUGAAGUCGGAGACACUGAGGGUGCGAUGAGGUUGUUGAAAGAUAUGCAUGAUAGGCAUUUGGAACCAAUUGCUGGUACACAUGAUUAUAUUAUAAUUGGGUUGUGUAAAGAAGGAAAUUUUGUACAAGGUAUGGAGUGGUUGCUGAACAUGUUGAGUUGGAAGCUGAAACCCAAAGAGCAGACCUUUGAGCACCUGAUUGACAGUCUAUUACAAGAAGAUAGGUUAGAUGAUAUUUUGGUUGUUUUAGAUUUAAUGUUUAGAGAAGGAUAUAGACUCAAAGAAAGCAUAAUCCAUUCUUUGGUGUGUAAAUUUAGCAAAGAGAAUUUACAUCUUCCGAAUUUGUGUUUGGAGGAGCUCGUAUAAAGAAAAUGACAUAACUGAUUGUGCUGUUUGUAUCUUCCAUAUACCAAUAAAAUGACGAAUAUUUGGAAAAACUUGAAGCUGUUGUGUAGUUAUAUUGAUGUUUCCCAUUGUACAUCUUGAAAUUGUAACAUGUCUGCCUUUCUAGAUAUAAAUUUGAUUUAAAACUACA